AUGUUAAUACGAGCAGUAGUCACCUUGAUAAGUUUUGCUGGUUGUUUUUGCUUCCCAGAACGUACAAAAUGGACAAAUGAAGAAAUAGAUUUUGUUGAUGGGACUAAAAGGUUCUUUCAUGCUGUUCUGGAAAACCAAACAGAGGUACGUCUUAGAAUAGAGUGCUUCCACAAUAAUGAAAAAUCGGACGAGGUAUUCAAAUUUCAAGUUCGGUGGUUUCUCCGACGUUCACCAUGCAGCGGAAUCUAUCGAGUUGUUCAAUCAGAUGAUGCCUUCCGGCUGUUUGAUGAUGUAAAAGCAUUGUUUCAAAACGAGGAGUACAGUGAUUUAAUUGGCCCCGGUCUUUCUGCUACUGAGAACUCUCGUGUGAACGAGCAGGUUCUCACAUGUGGUGAACCAGUAAUUUUGGAUGAUCUAACCGGCCAAACCCCUGUGAGAGUGCAAGUUCUUCCCGCGAUCAGUCCCACAAAAGUCGAGAAACCUACAAUCAACGACGAUUCAAAGAAAGGAAACGAAGGAAUGCGCUCAAGACGUUCAGCAACAGAAAAGCCGAAAACAAACAGUUAUAAAGUGUACAAAACAGAAUCCGCUGGACCUCAUCUCUUGUUGCUUGAGAUCAAGGCGCUCAACUCUACUCAAGCGAAAGACACACAAGCGAAGGGAUCCUUCGACGUGGAGUUCAUUGCGCCGCAUGGUUAUCUGUCUGCCUUGGACUACCCUUUGUUAUCUUUCACUGCUGCUAUGUGCAUAGUCUACGCCGGAUUUAGCAUAACCUGGAUGGUGUUUGGAGCUCUUCAGUGGCAGAAUCUCCUCCGAGUCCAAUUUUGGAUCGGAGCUGUGAUUGGAAUGGGACUGAUCGAACAGGCUGUGUUCCUGGCAGAGUACGAGAAGAUGAAUGAAACUGGAGUGCUCUACCAAUGGGCGGAGAUGACAGCUGAGUUCAUCAGCAUCCUGAAGAAGACUCUCGCCAGGUGUUUGGUGCUGAUAGUCAGCCUUGGAUAUGGUCUCAUCAAGCCCAGAUUGGGAUCACUGAUGAACAAUGUGGUGGCGUUGUGCAUGUGCUACUUCCUCUUCGCUAUCGUGGAGGCUGGACUUCGUAUCUUCCAGCACCGCAAUGAUCCCUCAACUAAAGCCCUGAUUGCCGCAAUCCCCCUCUCCAUAACGGAGAGCAUCAUCUGCUGGUGGGUGUUCACAUCUCUAAUGACCACCCUGAAAAAUCUGAAGCUACGAAGGAAUAUCGUGAAGCUCACUGUCUAUCGACACUUCUUCAAUACUUUGAUCUUCUGUGUCAUUGCCGCUAUAGUGUUCAUGCUGUGGUCCAUUCGUAUGCAUAAGAUGCCCAACUGUGUGACUGACUGGAGGGAGCUGUGGAUCGAUGACGCUUACUGGCAACUGCUCUUCUCUGUGAUGCUCUUCGUAAUUAUUAUCUUGUGGCGGCCCAGUCAGAAUAACAAGAGGUAUGCGUUCUCUCCUCUCAUGGACGAUGAAGAUGACGAGCAGGAGGAACCCUUCAUUGACACCGAGAACUCAAAUUUCGACCAGGUGAAAAUCAGGAAGAACGUUUCGAAUGGAGAGAAGAACUUGACCCGCACCCUGGACAAAAGUGAGGACGAACACCUGAAAUGGGUGGAGGAUAACAUCCCAACUUCCGGAUUCGACACCGCCCUCCCAACACUCCUGGACUCGGACGAGGAGGUCAUGACUACUAAGCUGGAGCUGUCCAAGCAACAGUGAACAGAAGAUUUUAGUGCUUCACUUCAUCAUGAGUUAUAUUUUUGGGUUUUCUCACGUGGUGUCGAGUUUGUAGCAACAUCUUAACAUGUACAAAUGAAUCAAUAUAUAUGCGUGUGCUAGGAUAACAAUGUGUGCUAGGAUAACUGAUAACAAUUGAAUCUUUCCAAGAGUUGAAAUCUGAACCAAUUACUGGUCAGAUUAUGAAAUGAAUGCCUAUCGAGCUGUUAUCAGUUGAAAUUAGGUUUUCACUGAAGUGUCAGCUAGUGCGCUUAAAUAUCAAGUAUAAAGAAAUAGAUUUUUUUUCAAAUCAUGAGGUGCUUCAAAUUGACCGUCUUCAAAGACGAUUUAAGAAUAUUCGGUUUCCAACUUAAUAUUAGAAUAAUAUUAGAAGCUUUGGCUAUGGUCAUCUUAGCUCUCUGCACUUACUCUGCCCAUGUUUAUUGUGUAAAAAUAACAUAUAAAUACAGCACUGAAAUUUCACCCAAACCCUGUAGUUCAUAAUGUCAUACAAAUCAUCUCUAUUGGAACUUUAAUUUCGAGUCCAAUAAUUUAUCGUUUUGACAGAAAAUUUUUGAAGCCAUGAUUUUGGUGAAAUGUCAGGAUGAUCCCAACAGCAGCUUAUAACGUUGCUUUGAAUAACUAAUUACACGCACCUCCUAAAUUUAAUACAAUUUUCUCUAAGUUCUAUGUUAAAAUGUCUACCUUGAUAUUAUGAAACUUGAUACUUGUUCGGUGGCAGGGGUACAGUUUUGUUUAGUUGUUGUUUCCAUCAGCUGAAGAGUGCUCAGCAGCUGGCACAGUUUGAGUUCAAGUAGUCGUCAUCUUUUUUUGGUUGUAUAGAUUCGUGAAAUAUAGAUUCCAUUCAA